AUGAUCGAGCUACGAAAUAUUGGCCCCGACGAGUGGGAGGUGUGGAAAUAUCAAAGACUGGCUGCACUUACGAAAGCACCCGAUGCAUUCUCAUCAAAACUCGCAGACUGGAAAAAUGCGUCUGAGCAACAGUGGCGCAAUCGGCUUAGCAGAUGCGGCAGCUACCAAGUGGUUGCUUCUCUCCAAGGCACGAUAGUGGGCAUGGCCGGUGGGGUUACACUUGCCGAGCCUGGGGUUGCAGAGCUUAUAUCUAUGUGGGUAGCUCCCGCUGGACGAGGUUGUGGUGUCGGGGAUGCACUAGUGGCUGCUGUUCAGGGAUGGGCAUAUGGCACUGGUGCCACCAUUCUUAAACUAUCUGUGGUAGAGAAUAAUCACCCAGCUCGUAAGCUAUAUCUCCGGAAUGGGUUUGUCGACGCUGAGCUUGAAAGCAGUGAUAUGGAGAUCAAGGAUGUGUACCGUGAGCGGGUUAUGGUGAAAAAAAGCAACAGGUUUAGCCCGGAUUCUGUCUGA